GCUGUGCUUUCAACUUACUGCCUGCGUUCAUCUUUAGGCAAGUGGGUCUGCGGCAUGAGCUUGUAUGAAGAAAAGCCUCGGUCCAAGUGUGUUAUCUAUUCUUUCGGUGUUAAUUACGAGACGCGGUUCGAAGGCGAAAUGCUUGAUCGAACCGAGUGCGAGAUUUGGGCAUACGAUGCCUCGGUUCAGCAGAUGGGUCCAGAAACCCAUGGUCGCCCAGGGGCGUACUUCAGACCAUACUUUGUCGGCGAUAAGGACUAUGUGGAUCGAAAGAGCAUUCCAUGGCGAACACUGCGCUCACUCAUGAAGGAGAAUGGUCACGACUGGAUCGAUAUUCUCAAGAUUGACAUCGAGGGAUCCGAAUACCCGACUUUUAACGCCAUGAUGGACGACUUUGAUGUCUUGCCGUUCUCGCAGCUGCAGAUCGAGCUCCAUGUGGAUCGGAAGCAUGUUGCCUUUAGCGACUUUUUGCAUUGGUGGCAAAAACUCGAGUCCAAGGGUCUGCGGCCUUUCUGGACAGAGGUCAACCUGCACACGGCCCUGAACUUUGCCACACCUUGGGCAUCCGAGUACUGUUUCAUCAACACACGCGGACCCCCUUCAAAGAAUCUACUUCUUCGCGAUUAUGAGAAUUAGACUAAUAGCUAGACGGACAAGUAACAAGUCCCGACCAAACCUUAAUACAGUGUCCAACUUUGAAGCAUUAUAACUCGGCUCCUCAGCGGCGUGAGAGAC